GGUCAAUAGGAAAGUGAACACACUCAGAUGUAAACAAGAGAAAACAUGGCUUCGCCCUUGAUCAGGUGCUUCUCAAAGGUUGGUAGGCAGGUGUCCCGACCAUGGAGUGUGUGCCAACAUGGGCUGCGGAACAGAUCCACCCAACCAGACAUGUCUGCAGAGCAGGCUGCUGCUCUGGGGGUCACCUACCCUCCACUACAGACAUAUUCUGAGGAGGAGGGGAUGAUGAGGGAUGCUGUGAAAAAGUUUGCACAGGAGCGUCUUGCCCCGUUUGUGUCGAAGAUGGACGAAAACUCUCUCAUGGACCCGGAAGUGAUAAAGUCACUCUUUGAACAGGGGCUGAUGGGCAUAGAGAUCGACCCAGAGUAUGGAGGCACCGGCUCCACGUUCUUCUCCUCCAUCCUGGUCAUUGAGGAGCUGGCCAAAGUGGACGCCUCCGUGGCCGUGCUGUGUGACAUCCAGAACACUCUCAUCAACACACUGUUUACCAAGCUGGGGACCGCAGCCCAGAAAGAGCGCUAUCUCAGCCGGCUGUCAACAGACAUGGUUGGUAGUUUCUGCCUGUCAGAAGCAGAGUCGGGGAGCGAUGCCUUCUCUCUGAAGACGCGUGCUGACAAACACGGGGACUAUUACAUCAUCAACGGUUCCAAGAUGUGGAUCAGCAACGCAGAACAAGCCGGGGUGUUUCUGGUGAUGGCCAACGUGGACCCGUCUGCUGGUCACAGAGGUAUCACCUGCUUCAUCGUGGACAGAGACGCAGAGGGGCUUCAGAUCGGCAAGAAGGAGAACAAACUGGGUCUGAGAGCUUCUUCAACCUGUCCUCUCAACCUGGAUAACAUCAAGGUUCCUGAGAAGAACGUCUUGGGUCAGAUCGGCCACGGAUACAAGUACGCCAUCGGCAUGCUGAACGAAGGCAGGAUUGGGAUCGCCGCUCAGAUGCUGGGGCUGGCUCAGGGUUGCUUCGACCAGGCCGUUCCCUACACCAGACAGAGGGUUCAGUUCGGCAAACGCAUCUUCGACUUCCAGGCCAUGCAGCACCAGAUCGCCCAUGUAGCCACCCAGAUAGAGGCUGCCAGGCUGCUUACCUACAACGCUGCCCGGCUGAAGGAGGCAGGACGACCUUUCAUCAAGGAGGCCUGCAUGGCCAAGUACUUCACCUCAGAGGUGGCAACGUUGACCACUUCAAAAUGCAUCGAGUGGAUGGGAGGGGUCGGCUUCACCAAAGACUACCCUGUUGAGAAGUACUACAGAGAUUGUAAAAUAGGUACCAUUUAUGAGGGCACAACCAACAUCCAGCUGUCCACCAUGGCCAAGUUUAUAGACAAGGAGUAUGACCACUGACCUCUUGACCUGCCCUGGCUGUUUCCUCAUCGUGUAGACUGACCUCCUGCCCUGGCCUGGCUGUUUCCUCAUCGUGUAGACUGACCUCCUGCCCUGGCCUGGCUGUUUCCUCAUCGUGUAGACUGACCUCCUGCCCUGACCUCCUGCCCUGACCUCCUGCCCUGACCUCUUGCCCUGCCCUGGCUGUUUCCUCAUCGUGUAGACUGACCUCCUGCCCUGACCUCCUGCCCUGACCUGGCUGUUUCCUCAUCGUGUAGACUGACCUCCUGCCCUGACCUGGCUGUUUCCUCAUCGUGUAGACUGACCUCCUGCCCUGACCUCCUGACCUGACCUCCUGACCUGGUCCUCAGCAUGGAGACCGACCUGACCUCCUGCCCUGACCUCCUGACCUGACCUCCUGACCUGGUCCUCAGCAUGGAGACCGACCUGACCUCCUGCCCUGACCUCCUGACCUGACCUCCUGACCUGGUCCUCAGCAUGGAGACCGACCUGACCUCCUGCCCUGACCUCCUGACCUGGUCCUCAGCAUGGAGACCGACCUGACCUCCUGCCCUGACCUCCUGACCUGGUCCUCAGCAUGGAGACCGACCUGACCUCCUGGCCUGACCUCCUGACCUGGUCCUCAGCAUGGAGACCGACCUGACCUCCUGCCCUGACCUCCUGCCCUGACCUCCUGCCCUGACCUCCUGCCCUGACCUCCUGACCUGACCUCCUGACCUCCUGACCUGGUCCUCAGCAUGGAGACCGACCUGACCUCCUGACCUGGUCCUCAGCAUGGAGACCGACCUGACCUCCUGCCCUGACCUCCUGACCUGGUCCUCAGCAUGGAGACCGACCUGACCUCCUGACCUGGUCCUCAGCAUGGAGACCGACCUGACCUCCUGACCUGGUCCUCAGCAUGGAGACCGACCUGACCUCCUGCCCUGACCUCCUGACCUGGUCCUCAGCAUGGAGACCGACCUGACCUCCUGGCUGUCAUACACUCCUCUUUGUGACCAACUGGAUUUGAUCGCUCGUUGUUGAACUGUUGUGGGAUUUCGGGCUCUAUUCAAUCUGAAUGGUUGGAAGUUGAGCGUUUUACAGCGUGAUAUGACCAUUUUAAAGGCCAUGUUCCCGGGUUAGUGGAGACCGUAUACAUGGUCAACAGUCUGUACCACUUCAGCCAACCCAGACUGAAUAGAGCCCUUCGUGUCAGACAUUACUGUCGAGGGCAUGUGUGAACCACUGCUGACUAUACAGUACUAGAGGAUGCUCCAUAAUCAUGUUCACUUAGUCAAUGUAUCUGAUGCUUUCCACUAUGGAUGGAUUAAUGGUUACUGGUUCCAGACCUGUUGAUAGAUAGUGUAACAUAGCUCUGGUGUUUUCAACUGUUUCCAGACCUGUUGAUAGAUAGUGUAACAUAGCUCUGGUGUUUUCAACUGUUUCCAGACCUGUUGAUAGAUAGUGUAACGUAGCUCUGGUGUUUUCAACUGUUUCCAGACCUGUAGGAAGAUAGUGUAACGUAGCUCUGGGGUGUUGGUACAACUGUUUCCAGACCUGUUGAUAGAUAGUGUAACGUAGCUCUGGGGGUGUUGGUACAACUGUUUCCAGACCUGUAGAUAGAUAGUGUAACGUAGCUCUGGGGGUGUUGGUACAACUGUUUCCAGACCUGUAGAUAGAUAGUGUAACGUAGCUCUGGUGUUUUCAACUGGUUCCAGACCUGUUGAUAGAUAGUGUAACGUAGCUCUGGGGGUGUUGGUACAACUGUUUCCAGACCUGUAGAUAGAUAGUGUAACGUAGCUCUGGUGUUUUCAACUGGUUCCAGACCUGUAGAUAGAUAGUGUAACGUAGCUCUGGUGUUUUCAACUGUUUCCAGACCUGUAGAUACAUAGUGUAACGUAGCUCUGGGAUGUUGGUACAACUGGUUCCAGACCUGUAGAUAGAUAGUGUAACGUAGCUCUGGGGUGUUGGUACAACUGUUUCCAGACCUGUUGAUAGAUAGUGUAACGCAGCUCUGGGGGUGUUGGUAUUGUUAAGUGUGUUCAACUGUUUUCCCCUACUUCCAUGGCUCUUCCAGAAUGUUCCACCUCAGCACCUUUGUGUUUUUUCUUUUUUACAAACGAAUAAGAAUACAUCAUGUUAAUUCAACAGUAUUGGUUUGACUAUUGACUCGUCUGAUUUUAAAUAGUCUCGUAAUAAAUCAGUGCCUUUCAUCCCAGCAUAGUUUGUUGUUUAUUUUGUAACGCCAUGAGAUAUAAUAUAAUACCUCCGUUAGACGUCGUCUGCUGGGUGGUUUCGGCUCUACUGUUGUCACGGUAACCAUGUUUACAGCGGUGGAGUAGAUCCAUCCUGUCUUUCAGCGCUCUUACUCUAUUUUAAAGAUUUAUCUGGGGAAUUAGUUUCACACAACUGGAAGAGAUUGUCUACUUUUUUACUAUUCAUCAACUUCUUUGACCAUACUAAUAAAUAUUGAAUAAGUGUU